AAGGGGUUUUCUUGUGCGAGGGGCGGGAGCAGCAAGGCACAGGGGAGCGAAAUUCUGCAAGGGCGAUAGCUCUUUCUGUCUUCCGUGCGGCUAAGAAGAACGGCAUGAGGCGGGUGGCAGCGACGCUGUCAAGGCUCGCAGGGACAGGGGCGGCGGCGACUAACGCCGCCGGAAGGAGUUUGAACCCCUAUUGCCGUUUUGCACCCCGCUUUCCGACGCUUGUCGAACAACAGAGGUAUCGCGAUUACAGCUCCGGAACGACAUCCUCAUCGUCGUGCUUCUCAUCUUUGUUGCCGAUUGUCUUCGCUGCUGGUGCGGUCGGAGUGGCCUCUGUGGAUGCCUCAUUUGCGGACUCUGGUGAGCUGGCGGCUGGAGAGAGGCAGAGGUUGGAGGAGUUGCUUAAGAGUAAAGGGAUGCAGCGGGGUUCUUACCCACCCUUUAGUGUUGAUGUCAGAGGGCCAAAGGUUGCUGUUAAAUUCAAAGUUCCUCCAUCAUGUGAUGUAUCUCGCCUUAUUGUGGAUAUUGUUUCUCUUCUGGGGCUGAAGGUCGAGCAUCGGGGUGGUGGUUCAGAAAUGAUAUUACAUGCCUGGGACAGUGCAGCUGCUUGGCAAUUGACUUUAAGAUCUCCUGAAAAGAUGACCAGAAAUGAUGGAAAAGAAUUUUAUGAUGAAACGAAUAAACCUGAGGAUGAUUUCUGUGUGCUGAUUUUUGAACCUCUUCUUGGCUCUGAGUAUUGUGAAAUUGAAUUUAUAAAGGAAGGAAGCUUCACUUUGAAAGAACUUGAUGCUUUCGUGAGGGUGCUAAAGUUGGCUGGUAUGAGAGAUGUGAAAAAAGCAGUUAGAAAGAAUCCUGGUGGAUACAGAAGCCCACCUUCGCUGGAAAAGUCAGUGUCUGCUUUAGAGGCAAUGGGGGUGAGAGUGUAUGGGGUUGAUGAAAUCUUUGGAGUUCCCAUGGAGGGCAUGGUGUCGUGGGACAACAUUGCAGGAUAUGAUCAGCAAAAACGGGAAAUAGAAGAUACCAUACUUUUGGCAUUACAGCGCCCUGAGGUCUAUGAUGAGAUUGCUCGUGGCACCCGUUCAAAGUUUGAGUCAAAUAGACCUCGAGCAGUUCUAUUUGAAGGUCCGCCAGGGACAGGCAAGACUUCUUGUGCUCGAGUAAUUGCUAAGCAAGCCGGUGUUCCAAUGUUGUAUGUUCCUCUCGAGGUUGUCAUGUCAAAAUACUAUGGUGAGAGUGAACGUUUGUUCGGAAACGUCUUUUCACUUGCCAAUGAUCUUCCUGACGGUGCAAUAAUUUUCCUGGAUGAGGUCGAUUCUUUUGCUAUUACUAGAGAUAGCGAGAUGCAUGAGGCAACACGUAGGAUAUUAUCAGUGUUGUUACGUCAGAUUGAUGGUUUUGAGCAGGAAAAACGGGUGCUUGUUAUAGCUGCAACAAAUAGGAAGCAAGACCUAGACCCUGCUCUCAUUAGCCGCUUUGAUUCAAUUAUUGCCUUUGGCCUUCCUGAUGACCAAACUCGUGCUGAAAUAGCAGCUCAGUAUGCGAAACACCUAAAAGAAUCUGAGUUAGUUCAAUUUGCCUCUGUUACGGAAGACAUGUCUGGGAGGGAUAUCAAAGAUAUAUGCCUACAAGCAGAAAGACAUUGGGCCUCCAAGUUAAUACGGGGCCAAGUAGCCAACAAUUCUGCAGAAGCUCGUCUUCCUCCUUUAGAAGAGUACAUCAAAUCAGCAAAGCAGCGGCAAGAAGCUCAAUUGACAACCCAAGACCGGAACAAAUCUUCAGUCUUUAUGUGGAAGCCGAGUGCGCUUGCAUAAGAGUGUUCUAUAUUAAUUUUUAUGAAAUAUUUUUUUUUCCAAGUUCUUCUCACUUGUAUUAAAGAUAAUUAUGUACAGUAGAGAUUAUUAUAUUAGUUAAUUAUAAUUAUAUAAUAGCUUAGCAUAA